AUGUAUGUGUUUGUUAGGGAACCCUGUCAUCACCUCGUCGAUCCAGAAGCCCUAAGCCCUGAACCCAGUCAUCACCUCGUCGCCGUCAAUCGAUCGACUCAGGUUCUCUCGUCUCUCGUCUCUCUCUCUCUCUCUCUCUCAUCUCUGACUCUCUCGUCUCUCCAUCUCUCUCUCAAUGUGUGUCUCUCAUUUUGGGCUAAAACGUACCCACGAAGUACCCAAGACGUACCGACGGAGUACCCUUGCCGUACCAGAAGAUACCAAAAGUACCCGUUUGCAGGCAUGGUUCGAAAGACGAUGUCUGAUAAGGCCUUAGAUUUCGUGAACCGUGUUGUUCAACCCAAGCUUACGAUGGCAUGUUUCUAUACUCUGGCUCUCGGUGUGGCUUGCGAUAUAUCGGCCAAACGGCGGGAGGAAAGAUUGAAUGGGUAUGACUAUGAGGAAAGAUUGAAUAGGCAAGCUGAACGUGCAAAGGAGGAGGGCACAUCUGAUCGCUAAAGGGGAAGUUAGAGCUGCACCGCUACAUAACUUGCUUCUGAAGACUUCUUAUCAUGUUUCUGUUUGGAUGAGUGGUUAGCCACUUUUGUUCUUUAAGUACUCCUGAGAACCAAGAUGCUCAGUUUGUACAACUUUCUGUUUUGCUAAUCUGGCGUCUAUUAUUUGUGAAAAUAUUAUGUGCCUAGUUGUGGAAAAAGAAACAACUUGACCCA